CAAUAAUUAAUUUGCGACUGCAUUCGACGUCGCCUGUGUCACGGUCAUUUCUCUUCCUUUUUUUCGAGCUUCACGCCUCUCCUUCCUUUUCCUUUUCUUUUCCGAUUCUUUUUGUUGAUCCCACGUUCUGACUGUUACCCCCUUGGGGGUACACUCGCGACCCGCCAUGGCCUCUCUCAAGCAAUUUAUUCGAAAUGUCCGAUCUGCGAAGACGAUUGCCGAUGAACGAGCAGUAAUCCAGAAGGAGAGCGCAGCGAUUCGUGCAUCUUUCAGGGAGGAGAGCAACGACUCUGGAAUACGGUUAGCCUCAGACCUGGUCGACCAUUAGUGCAUACCGUGCCCUGUCUCAUACAAUUUGCCAGGAGAAAUAAUGUGGCUAAACUUCUCUAUCUGUUCACGCUCGGAGAGCGCACGCAUUUUGGCCAAAUCGAAUGCUUAAAGCUAUUAGCGUCACACCGUUUCGCCGAUAAGCGACUGGGAUAUCUGGGUACCAUGUUGCUUCUUGAUGAAAACCAGGAGGUUCUGACAUUGGUGACAAAUUCAUUGCAGAAUGACCUCAACCAUUCCAAUCAAUAUGUCGUCGGACUUGCCCUAUGUGCACUGGGCAACAUAGCCUCCGUUGAAAUGUCAAGGGAUCUUUUCACAGAGGUCGAAUCUCUCCUCUCCACUGCCAAUCCUUACAUUCGAAGAAAAGCCGCCCUUUGUGCAAUGCGCAUAUCCCGCAAGGUUCCCGAUCUCCAAGAGCAUUUCUUAGAGAAGGCCAAGUUGCUGUUGAACGAUCGAAACCAUGGCGUCUUGCUAUGCGGCCUGACAUUGGCGAUAGACAUGUGCGAAGCGGAGGAGGCGGAGGAGGGUCAAGAAGGGGUCAUCGAGUCGUUCCGUCCCGCGGUCGGUGGUCUUGUCCGCUCCCUGAAGGGGCUGACUACAUCUGGCUACUCUCCGGAACACGACGUGUCGGGGAUCUGUGAUCCUUUCCUUCAGGUUAAGAUACUGCGGUUCUUAAGGGUUUUGGCCAGAGGGGAUGCUGCGACGAGCGAAUUAAUCAACGACAUUUUGGCCCAGGUGGCCACUAACACCGACUCUUUGAAGAAUGUAGGCAAUUCUAUUCUAUAUGAGGCUGUCCUCACUAUCCUCGAUAUUGAGGCGGACUCUGGACUGAGGGUCUUGGGUGUCAACAUUCUCGGAAAGUUCCUCACAAAUAAGGACAACAAUAUCCGCUAUGUCGCUCUGAACACGCUCAACAAGGUUGUGGCGAUUGAACCAAAUGCUGUUCAGAGACAUCGGAACACGAUUCUGGAGUGUCUGCGUGAUCCGGAUAUCAGCAUCCGCAGGCGGGCCCUCGACCUCAGUUUCAUGUUAAUCAACGAGGGCAACGUACGGGUCCUCAUCAGAGAGCUGCUCGCUUUCCUGGAAGUAGCCGAUGUUGAGUUCAAGCCUCUGAUGACGACACAAAUCGGCAUUGCUGCGGAUCGUUUUGCACCCAAUAAGCGCUGGCACAUUGAUACGAUCCUCCGGAUUCUCAAGUUGGCAGGUAACUACGUCAAGGAGCAGAUCCUGUCGUCGUUUGUGCGUCUCGUUGCCACUACACCGGAACUGCAGACCUAUUGCGUACAGAAACUUUACGCGGCGCUGAAGGAAGACAUCUCACAAGAAGGUCUCACCCUUGCUGCAGCGUGGAUGAUUGGCGAAUACGGUGAUAAUCUACUCCGUGGCGGCCAGUAUGAGGAAGAGGAACUCGUCAAGGAGGUCAAAGAGAGUGAUAUUGUUGAUCUUCUCACCAACGUGCUCAACAGUACAUACGCUUCGCAGACCGUGACGGAGUACAUUAUCACGGCUUCGAUGAAGCUUACUGUACGGAUGUCGGAUCCUGCUCAGGUCGAACGUCUACGCCGCCUGUUUGUCAGUCGGAACGCCGACCUGAGCGUCGAAAUCCAACAGCGUGCCGUCGAAUACACCAACUUGUUUGGUUAUGAGCAGAUUCGCCGAGGCGUCCUGGAGCGGAUGCCUCCCCCUGAGAUCCGUGAGGAGCAACGGGUCCUGGGGGCUCCUACGAAGAAACGCCAGAGCCGGCUGCUCAAGGACAAGACGAAGAAGCCUCCCAAGCAGGCCGAAGAGGAUCUCCUUCUCGACCUUAUCGGUGGCUCUGAUGCCCCUGCAACCAGCCCUACUGUGAAUGGUUCACAGAAUACAGCAAGCUUACUGGGUGAUAUCCUCGGCGACGGUGGCCUCUCAACCCCUUCUCCUCAACCAGCUUCGAAACCAGCAGCGUCUGUCAAUACCAGCGCCAUUAUGGAUCUCUUCGGUCCAAACGGAAAUAUCCCAUCCCCUGUGCCAGCUCAAUCGGCGGUAUCAUCGGGCUCAAUGGAUCUAUUGGCAGGCCUGGGAGGCGCAGCUCCAGCUCCUUCACCUCCUGCACCCGCAGUACACACGGCAUACAACAAGGACGGCCUCACACUCACAUUUCAGAUUCAACGGAACGGCGGGGGAGACGCUCAAAUUCAGGCUCGUUUCCGCAACAAUUCCAACUUCGACAGCUUCUCCAACGUCGGAUUACAGGCUGCGGUACCUAAGAGCCAGCGACUUCAAUUGAGUGCCAUUAAUAAACCAGAUCUUAAUGCGGGGGAGGAAGGCACUCAAAUUCUGAAAGUGGCCGCCUUGAACGGGACACUUCCUCCAAGACUUCGCCUUCGUCUUCGAAUUACGUUCAGCAAGGCUGGAACUGCCCCUGUGACGGAGCAAGUCGACUGGAGCGAGCCUUGAUGGCUUGAGCCAAAGAUAUCCACACGAUCGCUUUCCCAUUCAUGAACAGCUCGCAUUGUUAUUGAUAGAACUCCUUCAUAUCACCCCUUUCCCCAUCUUGAACGAGCCAGCCGCUUUUGGAGGAAUCUAUUAUUUAUUCAUUUUCUUCUCAGCCACAUUUUACAGCUCGGGGGCGAGCUGUUCUAUGUUAUGAUCCAUAGUCCAAAAAAAUGAAUGGUUCAUUGUUCACAUGUACAAGACAUACCCAGUUUGUUGGUUUGCUGCUUUUUUCUUUGCUUUUCUUUGCUGCAUGCCUCGUAUUCUUCUAUGUGUUUAAGGUAGGGAAGACGGGUUGCAUGUAGUGGAAUACAACUGGAUCGUUGGUGCUCGCAUUGAUACCGUUGUUGAGUUGACUUUCUUUUUACAGGUGUAGUAUGGAAGAUCUUUCUAAGAAUUCCUGUUGAACGUAAGACACUAGUUUGAACGACCCUCGAAUCUCGAGCAAUA